GCCAGUUUUAUGACUCAAGUCACUCAGUUUUCUGUUCACCGUGGUAGAGUGCGAGUCGGUGCUGGAAACCGAUAUUGAAACACGUGGUUUUCAUCGCUAGAACUUUAUUUUUGCUAGCUGAUAGUAUUGACUCGACUUCAAGGAUUAUUUUUAUUGAUAACUGAAGGACGCCAAAAUGGGAGAACGUAGGGGAACGAAAGGACUGGAGUUGUGGUGCCGUCGUAUGACCGAAGGCUAUCCUGGAGUCAAUGUCACCAACAUGACCACGUCGUGGCGGGACGGACUCGCCUUUUGUGCCAUAAUCCAUCACUUCAGGCCGGAUUUAAUCGAAUUUUCCAAACUGAACAAAGACGAUAUUUACCACAACAACGAAUUGGCUUUUCGWAUUGCUGAACACCAUUUAGGCAUCCCUGCAUUGCUAGAGCCUGAAGAUAUGGUUGAAUGUUCCGUUCCGGAUCGUCUUUCCAUCCUSACUUACCUCUCACAGUUCUAUCAGACGUUCGUUGUUGGACAAGGCAAAUCACCAGCAAGACUAGCUUCAAAAAGACCGGCAACAUCUCCCGACCAUGGCCUAGUGUCUCCAGCUUCCACGAGUCCUCCCACAAAGGUGGCAUUUCCAAGCGCAGGCAAAGUCCGUCGCGAGCCUUGCGCGAAAUGCGGCCUUCCAGUCUUUAUCGCCGAACGCUUGAACGUAGGAAAACUACUCUAUCACCGGACAUGUUUUCGUUGUGCCCGUUGCAACAGUCAACUCACCUUGGCCAAUUACUACGAGACUGAAAACAACGAGUUUUGUUGCGAGACGUGUCCGGAUGAAGAAAAGCCCGUUUUCAGUCCACCGGAUUCGUCGGUUUUGACUCGAUCGUUAAGUGACGAAGAAAAAUCAGCCUCAUUGAAGAAAAACGAAGAAGGGGAUGAAUAUAGUACUAAAUUUGAAACAGCGUUAGAAUUUUCCGAACGUAGUUCUAGUUUGAAGUAUAGUAAGGCGCGAUCGUCCUUCAUUAACAGUCAGGUUGAUAAUUUAAAUAGUGAUUCGGGGAAUGAAAACGAACCGCCCGAUUUACCCAAGACUAAACCUCCUGAAAACGUGACCUUUGAAGAUUCGUUCGGUGAUAGUGGUUUUCCUAAGGGACUUAAAACAAAUGUAAAUACAGACAAUAGUGUUAGUUUAAGCAAUACCAGUAAAACACUGGAAGAAUCUCACGAUAUUGUUACCAAAGAUACGAUAUCUGCAGAGGGCGACACAAGUUCUUUGGUUAAAGCUCGAAUGCGGUUAUUUGAAUCCAARUCUGAUGCAUCUAACGAAACUCAAAGUGUCAAUAAUCAAGUGCCUUUAGGGACUUCAAAUAGUGCAAAUAUCGAAGUCGAUAUUGAUGAAGAUUCCAAGCAUAGCUUUAAAGACAGUACUUUAGAUAAGGACCCGGUAGAAAUUAAUGUAGUUUCAGAAAAUGAUUCCGCCAUCAUCAUUUCCAACUCCAGUAAGACUAGUACCACUGAAAUUAUUAGCGACUCGAAGAUAACAGAUGACUCUAUCAUCACCGUUUCGGACAGUGCGGAAGAAAGUCACUCAAAAAUUGAAGACCAAAAUGACGAUUCACGUACAGUUUCAAUAGACCAAUCAAUAAAAUUUCAUGAAAAUGUUUCGAGUGAAAAUAUACUUGAUCCAAAUUCUGAAAAACCUAACAAGGACGAAUAUCCUAACGACUUAAAUCCUUUUGGUGACGCUGACGACAAUGAAGAACAAUCCACAGAUGUAAAUGUUUCUCUAAACCCGUUUGAAGAUGAAGAAGACGAUCUUCCGCCACCUAGCCCUAAACCAGCUACUAGGAAAAAGAUCAGGCCCUCCUUUACUAAUAAUGAUAUGUCGACCAUUUACGUACAACGAAGAAGUGUGAAUCCAUUCGAAGAAGACAAAGAAUCGGAAGAAAAAAACAUUCCUCAGCCUGCGCAAAGAAAACUAGUUUUAGCUCCGAAAGUUAAUCUAAAUCCAUUUUGGAGCGAUGAUGAGGACAACGAAGAAACAAAACCAGUGCCAAAACCUCGAUUUUCCAAGUCUUCAGAUGGUGGUCCUCGCGAGUCGGGAUUGUCGAUAAGUAGUUCAGCUUCUGGGUCAUCGAGUUCUCAAUUGGGAUUAACAACUAAAAAGAAAAAACUAGCGCCUAAACCACCAAUGGUCGGUGGAAGUGAAUCAGGACAGAGUUCCUUAACGUCAAGUCCUUGCCAUAGUGUGACGCAAUCACCUAGAUCUACACCUAAGAUAAAGAAAUCAAAAAAGGCGCCAUUGCCCCCGACAACUUCAACACCUUUAGUAGGGUCUUCAACACGUCAAGAGUCAUUUGAGGAAGGUUUUGAAAGGGAAAAAAGUGCCAAAGAUGAGCAAAAUAGAAAUAGACAAUGUCAGAAUAUAACUUUGCAGAGUCCCAGCUCCAGUGAGAAUUCUUCAAGUUUAAGCGCUCCAAAUAAGAGUACUUAUGGCAAAUGGAAGAGGCGAAAAGGGCAAGCUCCCUCAAGGCCCAUCCCGAAAAGACGGACUAUCAAAUCGAUCCCAAUGAAUGAAAUUAGACAAGAGUUGGAAAUAAUUGAAAUACAGCAACAAGGGUUAGAAAAACAAGGGGUGCGUUUGGAGCAGAUUAUCAGAGAGAAGUGUGAAGCACCUGGUAUUAAUCCUGAUGAUUCUUUGGCACCAGAAAUUGAAGAAAUGAUUUUGCAGUUAUUUGAAUUAGUCAACGAAAAGAACGAGUUAUUUAGGAGACAAGCGGAACUCAUGUACUUACGAAGGCAACAGAAGUUGGAAGAGGAACAUGCGGAUAUAGAAUAUCAAAUUAGGUGUCUGAUGUUACAGCCUGAAGCAAAUAAAACCGAUUCAGAUAAAGCGCUAGAAGAAGAACUGAUAAACCGAUUAGUGGAGGUUGUUGAAAGGCGAAAUGAAAUAAUUGAAUGCCUUGAGAUGGAUAGGGUUAGGGAAGCCGAAGAGGAUGACAGUAUCACUAACCAAUUAAAUUUGUACACUUUAAAGAAAGAGGAAUGUGUAGAGAACAAAAAAGAUAAGAAAGAGAAAAAGAAACACAAAAAGGAAAAGAAAUUUAAAUUUAAAUUAAAAGGGACGAAAAGCGAUCAAUGAAUGAACUUAAGCUGUGCUUCAAUACAUUAUUUACUGAUUAUGAUGAAAUAUUUUUUACUUUUCGUUAGUGUCAUUUUGUGAUUUUUUUGCGUAUUAUUAAUCAUUAAUAAAAUUAUUUUUAUUCA